AUGGCCAACUCAGUCUCAGGCAGUGGUGGGAUUGCUGCUUCGUCUUUGAACUUUGAACAAGAUGAGGACAGAUUGCUUGAGGAGAUGUCGUCAGUGAAAGACGCACUAGUGGGUGAAGAUGAGGGCGGGGGCGUGAAUCCAGAGACACCGCAGAAGAGGCCUUCCUGCGGAGCAGGAGCUGGUCAAGGCACACCCAUCUCGCCCACGGACAGCCAACCCACGCCCGUGAAGCUUUGCUUGGCUUGCAAGUCGCCUGCGACCAAGGGAUCCCUGUGUGACAUCCACAAGCGUGUGUCUGACAAUUUGUACACCGAAGAGAAGAAGCAGCAGACGAGCAACCCUAACCCAGCGCGAUGGAAGAAGUUCAUGGGGAUGCGCAAAGCACAGAAUGCGGAGUGGGUGAACACCUUGAUUCACGCCACUCCGGCCAAAGGUGGCAACCCAGGCUCCGGGCGGGCCACGGGCUCGUACGAUUCCAUGCAAGCCAGCGAUAUCUUGAAGCAGGAGAGCAGCCUCACCGGGCAGUUCCAGUCCAAGUCCUUCAAUGCUCGCAUGUACACCAAGAAGAUUCAGGAGGAGUGGGGGUGGGAUCCUGUGGAAGCCAAUGAGGAAUGGCAACGACUCCUGGCGGCAACCCCUGAGGAUAAAGUCAUCCAGAAGCCCACACUGCCGGGCAGGAAGAUGGAGCCGUGGAUCUUUGCUCACGACAUCGAUGUGUUGAUCGGUUCCCAGGGCCUGAGUCAUGCCAGUCAGAUUCAGUUGAACGACAAGGUAAAGAAGAAGCCGAAGGCAUCCGACAUUGCGGCCGCGGAGGGAUCUUUGGCAGCCUCAUCGUUGCAUUUCAGUGACCGCUUUUUCAGCCAGAUGGGCGCAACAUCAUCGGCGACGCAGUCUUUGAGGGAUGGAGGUGGCAGCGCAAUAGCAGACGGCACCGGUCACUCCUUCAUGUUUGGUACCUCUGCCGCUGCCGCUUUCCGUGAGAAGGCUGCCGGCAACAGUGCAGGCAGCCAAGAGGAGCAGAAGGAGAAAAAAGCAAAGAAGAAGGCCUUCGUGCUGGAAGAUGUGGUCGACUCCUACGACUUUCGGAUGAAGAAGAAGUUGGAUGCAACGGUGAAAUUGAUGAAAGACACCGUGUCCGAGAUCAACGAGUUCAUCGCGAAGGAGCCCGAGGGCAACCAGAGCAAGAUGGGCAGGGUUCUUCAUCAGGUAAAGUGGCGCCUUGCUGUGCUCCGCGCCCUGGCUGUUGAGGCGUCGUGGGAUCAGAAGACCGUGCCUACGAAGCUCACCUUUAGUGAGGACUGCUUUGGGCUUGAGGCGGAGGAGCGCUCUGACUUGUUGCGUUCCUUUGUCGAGGAUGGUUGGCGGCUGCAGUUCCUAGCCGCAGUGAGGCUCUGGGAGCAGUGCAAAGAUACUGCUGCCAUUGCAGAGGGGGCAGAGCCUGAGUCCGAUGCUGUUUCGGAGGCAGUGAAGGGUUUGUCUGCGUACGUGGGCGACAUCUUUGCGUGUGACUUCAAGAUCAAAGGCGCAGAUGGCGAGGUUGUGGAAUACAUGGAGAAGGAUCUUUUGAUGAGCGUCAUGUCGCUUCAUGGUUGGGCAGGCAGCGGCUUCGCAGAUGAGAUCCCGGCGUUGAAGGAUCUACAGGACAAUGUUGCCAUGGUGAGCACGAUAACAUACUUGAAGAUUUUUUUCCUGGCGACGCAUCAGCAAUUCUUGGCCAAUGCCAAGCCACUGGCCGAACCGGAGGUCAUGGAGAAGAUGGCACCCGUGCAAGUGUUUGCAGCCCGCUUUGAUGUGAACCUCCGCCUGCAGUCCUCAGAGGAUGGUGUGAAAGGGGUGGAGACAGCAUUCAAAGAUGCCAUGGAUUCGAUGAAGGCAUUGGUGGGAAAUGUCAAGAGCACAUUUUCCGUUCUUGCCAAACAGAGCCGCGACUAG